GAAUAGAGGAAAUGACAUUUGAAAGCAAUCAAACAAGGACAGAAAUGGACGCUAACUACAGCGGAUUUAACUUUAGUGAAUUUUCUGCAAAAUGCGAUAAAUACUUUGCUGCAAAGCCCUUAAACUUAAGGGAGCUGUGUGUCACUAAGUCAGUUAUGAAGCCGGCGGGCUUCUUAAAGAAUCUCGAGGAGCAUAUGAUGCCAAAGGUGACAAUGACCUCGCCAAAAAGAGAACUGGGCACCGUGGAGGAGUACGCAGGGCUGUUCAAAGCAUUCGACACAUAUCCCACUAAUCUGCAGCCUACGACAAAAAAGCGCGAACUGCAACGCACCAACUCUAUAAUCCUUAAAGGAAAUGAUGCUACUCAGGAUCAAUCCGCGAUGAGUAAUUCAAGUGUGUCUUUGGCAUCAAUGGUUACCCGCCUGGGAGAGCAGCCAAGCAUUACGAAAAUAUUCAGCGACUUUAAAAAGUUCCAGCAGAAGCUGCGCCAGCUACAGGAUGAGGCGACACCAUUGGCCAACACGCAAUUGAUGUAUUUGAGCAAGAUCGCCCAGCUGGAGACCUUCGCCCAGCAGCUGGAAAAACUGAUGCCCAAUGAGCGUGAGGCACCCGACGCUUUUACAGCUGACGAGGAGAACACGCUGACCACUAUUGUUGAGAACAUGAAACAAUUGAACUUCUUGCGCGGACACAGUCUGCCGCAAGUGGAUCCCGCAGCGCCACGCAUCGAAGCUCUGGUUGAUGUGCUCAAUUAUACGUUGAUGCAAAUAACUUGCUACAACAAUGCUUAACGCCCUAUGUUCUAUUAUCAAUAUUUAGUUUAUUAAAAAUGUGUAUUUA